GAUGUCUUGUAUAUGCAUCUAAUGGAAACAGUAUAGCCGUGUCAUCAUCAAUGGAAGGAAGCAAUUCUGGCUUGAUAGAAAAUAUGUUUCAUUCGUGAAGCCGUCAGGCAAGAAAGAGCAGCAGCGACAUAAUUUAUAAUCAAGGGUGAUUGGAUGGGAGGUUUUGGGCGGCGUGCAGCCAUUUCCCGCUGGCUGAGAAAUAGACCUCAAUUUUUAACAUCAAAAUCUUUUUCUUUUUAAACUCUUCACUGCUGAACUACUGCUGGCAUCGCCAUGAACGACACAGCCGACGUACAAUUUACCAACGAUUCACAGCAUUCACUUCAGUGGUCCGCCUUUAAGCCACGUGCCAUAGCUUCCAAGCCGCUGCCGUUGACCAAUUUUGACAAUCCUCUGCCAUUUAUAAGCAUCGCUUCUGACCACGACAAGCGCAAGUGGGAUAACCAAGACAAAGGGUUUGGCGUGGAAAUGGAUACUACCGAAGCAAAAGCCAGAAGAAAAGCACAAAAUCGAGCAGCGCAAAGAGCUUUUCGAGAGAGAAAAGAAAAAUACGUGCAUGAAUUGGAAACCAAGAUUAAGCACAUGGAGCAAGCUCAUAAACAGGAAACAGAUCGUCUGCUGGAAACCAAUCAAAACCUCAUGACGUUGAUUCAAAAGUUAGAAGCUGAAAUUGUUCACCUGAAAAGCAAAAGUCUAUCGUCGAUCAACACACCCUCCUUGUCCAUGAACACUCCUGAAUCUGCUGCCGACAAUAUGCGAUCCGAUUAUUCAGGGUCCCCUCGGUCUGAAGACCGCAUCCGUGACCCUGACGCCAUGGAUAUUUCAACUGGCCCCCACGAGGAAGCGUCCACUCCCAGUAAAUCCAAUCUUGGUUCCAGACAUUGUGGCAGCGGCUGCCACACUACGAAAGACGGAGUGUCAUUUUGCGAAAAACUCAAGGACGAAGUUUGCACAUCAGCAUACGAACGAUUGUUAUCUGAAUCGAUUUUUGACACUUCUGGUGAAGUCAACAAUUCGAUUGAACCUGUGCCCAUCGUGACUUCACCUAUCAAUGGUGACGGCAUGGAACAUUCAAAGCAAAGGCGCAGCAACAAGUUCUCCACAUUCCGGAGGAACUUUCUACCUGACAGCCCAGAAGAGGAAGACAGCGAUGAAUACGAUUUAGCCUCUGGAACAUCGGAUGCUUUCAAGCAUGAGCCUCAUCCAGCAACCAUGCAACCUGGCAAGCAACUCAUUACCUGCAGCCAGGUGUGGGAGAGAUUAUGUGAGCACCCACAGUUCGAGGAGUUCGACAUCGACGAACUUUGUGUCCAACUCAAGCUCAAGGCCAAAUGCUCUGGAAGCGGCCCAGUGAUUGAAGAGGAUGAACUCCAUGAAGUGUUGGAAGCACUUGAAUCCAAAUUAGCACGGGAUUCACGCCGUUGAAUUCUCACGAACCCUGUUUACGAUCUCCCAUUCUU